AUCCCUUUCUAUAUAAACUCACCAAUCUUGCCUUCCCAUACUCUUCCCCUCUUAUUACAAACAAUUACAUUACUUUCCCUUAACAUCACCCUUUUUACUAUUCUCAAUCCUUUCAACAUACACAAUUAACUUCCCCUUCUCUUCUACUCUACCAUUACAAACUCAAACAAGCAAACAAUAAUGUGUCCUCUUGGUACAAAGAUGAUCUCCUCCGCCUCUAACGAGCGAGCCGUUCUCCAGCCCACCUGUAACCGUGUACCAACAACAACAACCUUAGAACGUCGUAACUCCCUUAAAAAAUUUGCCCCUAAAACACCCCCGCCACCACCACCACUCCCGCCAUCACGGGCCGCCACUAAAUCGAGGCCGUUAUCCUCAGUCUCGCCGACCUCCCCUAAACUGAGGUCGCCGAGGCCUCCCGCGAUAAAACGCGGGAACGAGAAUAACGGCCUCAAUUCUAGCUUGGACAAGAUCAUCCUCCCCAAACCUCCACUCAUGCGUUCAGUUAGUAGUUUGGAGAGAAAGAAAUCUAAAAAAUGGGGUGUUAUUAAUAACAACAACAAUGCCGCCGCCCAUAACGGGUAUGACCCGAUGGGCGGCGGCAUUGACCCGGCUAUGUUGCUGGGUUAUUCGUCAUCUUUGAUUACAGAGGCACCUGGUAGUAUAGCUGCUGUGAGAAGAGAACAAAUGGCUCUUCAACAUGCUCAAAGAAAGAUGAAAAUUGCACAUUAUGGAAGGUCAAAAUCUGCAAAGUUUGAAUCUAGAGUUUCUCCAUUAGUUGAAUCUUUGGGUAAUAUCAAGACUUCUGAAACACCUGUUCAUGAAAGAAGAUGCACCUCUGUUACUCCAAAUUCUGAUCCACUUUUUGUUGCUUAUCAUGACGAGGAAUGGGGAGUACCAGUUCAUGAUGACAAGAUGUUGUUUGAGUUGUUAGUACUAAGCGGUGCACAAGUUGGUUCUGAUUGGACAUCCAUCUUAAGGAGACGUCAACAUUAUAGGGAUGCAUUUUCAGGAUUUGAUGCAGAAAUUGUGGCCAACUUGACAGAAAAACAGAUUAUUUCAAUCACUACGCAAUACGCUUUUGAGAUUAGUAGAGUCCGAGCAGUUGUUGACAACGCCAAACGUAUUUUGGAGAUCAAAAGGGAAUUUGGUUCUUUCGACAAGUACAUUUGGGGAUUCAUAAACAACAACAAACCUAUUUCUCCUCAAUACAAGUUUUCGUACAAAAUCCCAGUCAAGACAUCCAAGUCCGAGAGCAUUAGUAAAAACAUGGUGAGACGAGGGUUCCGAACCGUCGGUCCGUCUGCGGUCCAGUCCUUCAUGCAAGCCGCCGGGCUUACCAACGACCACUUGAUUACUUGCUACAGGCACCUCCAAUGCACUGCAUUGGCUGCCGUUAUUCAUCGUCCUCACCAAUUAUAAUCGGAUAAUAUUUUAUGCAGAGUAUCUAAGUUGUACUUACAUACAUAACAGACUUAUAACUCGUGUGAUAUACAUGUAUCAACUAAGCCUAAAGAAAAAAAAGCAUACUUAAUUAUUUAGUUAGUGCAUGUUAGUUGUAACUUGUAAGAAACCGAUCGAGAUGCUUGGAAUUUUUUUUAAUAUUUUGUGUGGGUUGGAUGAUUUAAAGGUCUUAGUUUGAUAUAGUGGUUAAGUGUCUAGUUGCUAUGUGUUAGGUUACGAGAUGAACUUUUUAAUGAAAAUAAGCUUAAGAUUGUGUA